CCCGGUCCUCACAUCAAAAUCCCUUCGCAGCCAUGAACUCGACCGACGUAACAGAUCCGGAUCCCGAUCCCGACAGUAAUCAGCGAGGCCAGAAUCAAGUCCAGCCCGGUCCGUUUAAGUGCAAUGUCUGCCAACGGACAUAUGCCAGGAUAGAUCAUCUUGCACGCCACUUCCGUUCCCGUAAUGUGACUCUCGAGAGCCUCCGCUCCAGAAAAGAUUUGGUGCUAACCACAACAACGUUUAGAUACCUCCGAGAAACCAUAUCGAUGUGAGGCUUGUUUCAAAACUUUCAACAGGCCUGAUUUAUUAAAGAGACAUGCACAAGCUCACACCGACAACCGCCAGCACCGCAAAACAUGCCCGUCUCGCCCAGGACGUGUGUCGCAUGCAUGCAAGGCUUGCGCAGCUGCAAAGCUGAAAUGUAAAGAAGAGAAACCUUGCCAAAGAUGUGAAGCUAAGGGUGUCACUUGUGAGUAUAACGAGACAGACGCGACAGUUAAUGGAUCGUGGCAACUAUCUAGCAGCUCUCACGAUACCAUACAGCAAAAUAUUGGUAAUCCUUCGUCUGAGGAUACAUUUGCUACUCAGUCUGCGAAUGAACCAAGACAGCCUCAGGAGCAUGAUAUCAUGGAUUAUACUUCGGGCAGCAAUCUAGUUCUUGGUGAAUUGGCUUCGAGGGGAGGUGAACAUGUUAUAGAUCCAGCCCAGAGCCACAAUAGAGAUGACAUGUCUAUGUCAUUGCCAAUGGAAACCUCCCUAUCAUCAAACGCAUUGAUAGACUGUGACGAGAGCGAAUUCGCCGAUUUCUUACGAGAGGUCAUGAUGCCGACCACGUUAGAGCCAUUCAAUGGCCAACAACCCGUCUCUCAGGGAACCGACGCCCAGUCAAUGGCCCUCAGAGAUGUCUUAUCUUUCGGCUUGGAAUCUAAUCUCGAACUCAACGAUCAAGAUUACACCCUCAUGGACUUUUACCAAGGAAAGGCCGUCUACGAUACAGCCUAUGUCAAAGAGGUCAUCGACAUAUCAUCCUUGCAAUAUGAAAUGCCCACACCACAAUCAAACGCACCUACAGAAAAGGUCGCAGAGCGUCUUGCGCUAGGCAUUGAGGCUUUUCGCAAAUCACUCUGGUGCUGGACGCCCGUUCGCGCAGACACAGGAUUAGUUGAGCAAGAAAAUUUUACUCUACAUCCUUCCGAGAUGAGCAGUCCUGCAGCACAUUUCGCGGAAUCUAUGCACGUCAAUACUGAGAGUCUCAAUGCCGCGGGUCGCGACAAGAUCAUAUCUAUGGUGCUAAGUACAUGUUUGAGGUCAUCAUUCACAAAAGUCAUGUCUAGCUUCCCGUCUGUAGAGUUACUGGAUAACCUUCUGCAUUGCUUCCUCGCAUACCAUAUCAUGCAGUCAGAUACUUGGAUCCACUCACCGACGUUAAAGAUUGGGGGACAGAAUGCAGAGCUAUUAGGUAGCAUUGUUUCAGCGGGUGCCGCUCUUUCUACAUCUUUCACUAUUCGCAAGCUAGGAUUUGCAAUCCAUGAAGCUGUGAGGAGAUCACUUCCGGUAGUUUGCGAGGAGAAUAACUCCAUGACGCGUGACCUUGGCCUGUUGCAAGCCCUGGCCCUGAAUCUAGAUGUUGGGCUUUGGAGCGGUAAUAAACGAAAGAUGGAAUUGGCAGAAAGUCAUGCACUGACGGUCAUAACGAUGUGUCGACGAGCAGGUCGAUUUUUGAGAUCGAACUACGUGGCUAUUAUUCCCUUGGAGGGUGAUGAGGGUGAGGCUUUAGAGAAUAAGUGGAGGAGUUGGGCGCAGCAGGAAUCCUUUAAGCGACUCGUCUUUCACCUCUUUAUCCGUGAUGCCCAAACCUCAAUCUCGCUCAUGAAUCCCACCAUAAUCUCUUACGCCGAGCUCUCGCUCCCCUUACCGGAAUCCCGCAACCUCUUCCUCGCCCGCACAGCUGCCGAGUGGAAAUCAACCUACCUCACUCAAACUUCUUCCAUCAACUCCAACGAGCGCAUCCCAUCCUUACAACAAUGCCUCCAUGACAUAUCUCCUUUAAACAGCCCCUCUGUCAAGGCAGCCAUCGACUCUGCCCUAUCUCAUUCUAUCAUCGCUUACGGAAUCUGGGGCCUAAUCCUAGAAUACCGCCAACUAAACUCGGUUGCAAAGGCAUAUCCAUCAAUACGCCUCUCCUCGAGCUUUUUAGUGCUUGGACACCGCCACCAAGAACUACGCGAGCUAUUAGAGCCUUUCUCCGCCUCAUUGCCCGAGCCGGGGCCAGGGCGAAAAAAUCAAUCAAGCAUAGCACUCCAAUCCAAACUGUUAACGGAGCUCCUCAUCACCAAUCUAUACGUAUCCUUCGAUAGCCUACAAGUUUUCGCUGGCAGGGAAGGCGAAGAGGAAGCCCGACGCGUCUAUCCCUCUCUCCAACAAUGGGCUGCAAGCCGUGAAGCCCGAACCGCUGUGUUUCACGCCGGGCAGAUCGUCCGCUAUGCGAAGUUACUGAAUAAUAGAAGGGGUUUGCAAGGAGGAUUGCGAGAUUUCUUCGCCGUCGCGGUAUACCACUCUGCGCUCACAUUCUGGGCGUUUGGCGUCUUGAGUCUAAGGCCGAACGCCCAGCAUGACCAAAAUGAGUCUGAGCUACCACUCGUUGGAGGUGUAAAUAGCGUAGACGAGGCUGGUGAUAAUUCUGGGGAAGAGCUUGUCCGGUUAGAUGUGGAAGAGAGUUCAUUUACGAAAUCAUUCAUUGCGCUACAACGUGGGAUACCGUGUUUUUUGGUCUCUGAGGCUGAUGGGUGUACGUCAGAGGAAAUCGCCAUGUUGCGUGAGCCGGGGAGUGUCAUGAACGCCAUUGUUAAGAUCUUGAGGGGCGUGGUUGGUGGAGACGAAGCGCCGCCUCCACCACUAGUGGAGAAUUUAAGCCAGUUAAUAAGGGAGCUGGGGGCUGCGGCGAGAGGUGUAAUAGUUAAGUGA